AGUAAUUGUGCGUUCCGUGGGCAUGACAAUGGACGAUUUGUUUUCUCGCGAGAUCAGCGGUUGCUCAGAUACCGACGUCAACAUCAGGGGGUUGGGGCUGUCGGAACUACCUGUGAGGAAACAACUCUAAAUAAACUAUUUCUAGGACCAAAAUGGAGGACUCUGGGAAAGCAUCAGAGGAUCCAGCCGAGUGUCUGGAGGAGUUCCAGCUGGUGCUCAGUGAGUUGGCAGAGGACCAGAGCAUGGACAAGAUUAGGGUGGAGUUUGAGAAGCUCAUUAGUGCUCUGAAGAAAUCCCGGGAGAAUGAGAAAAGGCUGAUGUCAAAAUGCAGGGAGCUAAAUGCUGAGAUUGUAUCCACCUCUACCAAAGUUGCAGCUGCGCUCAAACUGUCCCAAGAGGAUGAGACAACAAUAGCGUCACUAAAGAGGGAGCUGGAUAAAGCUUGGAAAAUGGUUGAUGCUGCCCAUGACAAGGAGAAGAAAGACAGAGACCUCAUCAAAAACUUAAAAGAGGAAGUUACCAAUCUGACCCAAAUUACAGACCAACAAACAGGCUUCUCUGAGAAUGAAGAGCACAGUGAACUUCAAAAAAUCGCAGAGGAACUGACUAAGGAGAGAGAUCGGCUGAUGACGACUGUGGAGGAACUGAGAGAUAAGCUGAACAAAGCUGCUGUUACCCAACAGGAGACAGAGGCCCAGAAACAGAGAGACAUGGAAAACAUCACUCAGCUGCAACAGGAACUCCAGGUACAGCAGAAUGAAAUUUCCAGGGAAAUAAGACUGAAGGAAAAACUGGACAAGGAAGUGAAACAGUUGCAGUUAGACCUGGAGGCCAGGAUGGGUGACAUUAAAGCCCUCAAUCAACAAGGCCAACGCACCAAAGAAGAGCAACAGAGAGUGGAGCAGCAGCUCAAAGAGCUAAAGGUCACGCAUGAGAGAACCACCAAGGAGCUGGAGCAGACGCAGGUGAAGAACAGCAAGUUGCAGCAGGAGUGUGAGCAGCUCUCCUCACUUAAAGAGCAUCUCAGCCUGGAGAAUCAGCAGAGAACAAAUGAACUCAAGACGAGGGAAGAGGAAGUGACACAAAUGCGCCAGGAGAUCGCCAAACAAAUGAAGAUGAGAGAAAUCAUCCAGAAGAAGUUCAAUCAAAUGGAGGACCAGAAAUCUGAGGUGGACGUACAGAGGGAGACACUGAAGGCCCAGAUAGUUGGUCUGGAGAAAGAUCUUGAAUCUUCCCAAAAGCAAGUGGAGGCUGACAAGAAAGCCAUAGAUGAGCUGAUCAGAGAGAGAGACAUCCUGAAUAAGAACAUGAUUAAAGCUGCACAGUCCACGGAGAAACAGCAGAACAUAGUGAAGCUCCUGGAACAGGACAAGAAAACAUUGGAGAAUGAAAUCAAUGGGUAUCGUCAGGAGGCGCAGAAACAGCGAAAGAUCAUCCAGCAGCUGGAGAAGGAGCGGGACCGCUACAUCAACGAGACCAGCAGCCUCAUGCAGAAGGUGCAACAAAAAAUGAGCGAUGUCGAAGUUCAAGAGAUGGAGAUAUUUGACUGGAAGAAGAAGGUCACUCAGGCAGAGUGUAAACUGAAGCAGCAGGAGAACCUGCUGGAGUCGGUCGUGGCUGAGAGGAACCUUUACAGCAAGAACCUCAUCGAGGCUCAGGAGGAGAUUGCAGAGAUGAAGAGAAAGAUGAAGACCAUGAACAACCAGGUCACUCGUCUGAGAGACGAGAUCACAGGGAAGGGGAUGGCUAUAGGCAAAAAUCAGGCGGAAUUCAAGCGCCUGGAGAAAGAUAACGAGUCCCUGAAGGCAGAGCUUCAGUUGGUCAAACAGCAGCUGGAGGAAUCCAAGCAGCGUGUCGAAAGUCAAAAGGCAGAGCAGCAGAAACUACAGAAGAUCAUCGCUGAUGCUGACGCUGAGCAGAUGCAGCAGAAGAAACAACUAGACCAGGUGGCCAGAGAGCGGGACAGUUUGGGAAAACAGCUGCUACGGCGCAACGAUGAGCGCUCGCUUCUGUUUGAGAAGAUCAGGAUUCAGCAGUCGAUCCUCAGCAAGGGCGACUUCCACUACAGUCAGAGGAUGGAAGACGUUCGUCUUCUUAAGCUGGAAGUCAAGAGGCUCCAGCGCAAGAAAACCAUCCUGGACAAGGCCGCGCCAAACACUGAGGACCUGAGACGGGAAAUGUUCCACCUGCAGAGGGAGCUGCUCAGAGAACGGAUGAGAAACAGUGUGUUGGAGGAACAGCUGAAGCCCAUUAAUAUCCACCGAUGGAGGCGACUGGAGGGCAAUGAUCCUGACAAAUACGGACUCAUCCAGAAGAUUCAGUCUCUACAGAAACGACUUAUAGCUAAGACCCAGGAGCUUGAGGAACACGAACUUCUACUGCAGGAAAAGGAGAAGCUGUACGUGGAGCUGAAACACAUUCUGGCCCGGCAGCCUGGUCCAGAGGCCGCUGAGCAGCUCCAACAGUGUCAGUGGGCUCUCAGAGAGAGGACUAAGAAGCUCAAGGUAUUGAUUGCAGAGCUGAGGAUGUUGGACUCAAAAAUGAACGAGUACAAAAGUGAGAACCAGAGAUUGGCCAAUGAGCUCGCAAACAUCAAGAAGAAGUACCUCAGUCAGAAGAAGCUCCACAGUGAGCAGAUGACUCGGUCCAAAGUGGAGCAGCUGGAGUCUCUGCCACAGCUGAGCAGCAAAUCUCACUUCACUGGAGGAGGCUUCAGGAUUGACAACCCUGUGAGAAGAUGAUGGACGUUGGUAUCUUUAUUUUGAAAUGUGUCUGCUUCACAUUCUCCACAGUUUUUGAAAAGGACAGUAAAUAAAAACAAAAAAUGUAGUCUUGAUCACACAUAUAUUCCUUACAGCUGUCUCUCUGAACAACUCUGUGAUGUUACUGGUAUUUCAUUAAAGGUAAUGCUGUGAACAGCGCAAAUUCCAAAACACACUUACCCAAAAUAUGAUCAUAUUUAUUGACCAAACUAAAAUACAGUAAUUUAAUAUUGUACAUUUAAGAAUAUAUAAAUUAAGUUGGUACUUAAUUACGAAGAUUGUUUUUUUCUUAAUUGUUUAAAUAAGAUUAUCAUUAUUAGAAAGAUAGAUUUUUAAAGCUUUUAAAUUCCAUCUGUGUUGUCAUAUCAUUCUAACCUGGUGCCUAAUAUUGACUUAUUACUCUAGUAUCUGUAUAAAGUCACUUAAAAUCAGAAAUUUAGUUUGGGUGAAAAAGUAAAUCAUUUUGUCAUGGCUUUUUUUGACGUGAAGUACCUGAAAUCACCACAAGAUGUCAGAAUAAGAAAGAAAAUUAUUGUUCAAAUUAUGACAGUCAGGUUUGCAGUAGUGGCUUUUAAGUAUUCAGUCACCUUAGUGGAAACAUCUAACUUGUAUUUCGACAAUAUUUUGAAUAUGAAAACAUAUACAUAUAUUUUCUUACAAUAAUGUAUUUAAGUGCAUUUCGGGAAUACUGUGGAUAAAAGAAAACUAGUCUAAAACUAGUCCCUGGGUGUCUGUGCCAAGUGUGUACACACACAACCAUAAACCUUAUAUAUAUAUAUAAUUGUGAUUUCUGUACGCCCUUCAACUAAAUAAUUUGUUUUACAGCAGAAGCUUUAUCACAUUUUCUUACACGACUCCACUUCGCUCCAAAGCCACUACGUGUUGUUGUUGGCUGUGUGUUGACAGCCGGCUGCAAGGUGAGACUUAUCUACUUCUUAUUCCACACUGUUACUUCCCUGGCCAACCCAAUUACAGCAUAACCAUGGCAACCAGUAUUUAUGCAGGGCUGGCUGUGUGAGGGAUGUUGCUGUAGCAAAGGCAGAGCCCUCGGACUGGGACAGAUCUGCUGCAUUCUUUCUUUUUUUUCUUUGUGUGUGUGUGUGAGGAAAGCCUUUUUACAGUGUAAGUCUCUGAGGCUGAACAGGAUGUUCUGUAAAAAACUGAUGUUGAACAGAUAACACAUCCAGGAUGAUAAAUGAUAAUAAUUAAUAUAACCAGAUUCACUCAUUGGUUUAUGUUGUAUAUAGAAAAAUAUGAUCCACCGUGUCAGGUGAUUAGAAAAUCACUAAAUGAUAGGAAAGAAAGUGCAGAUUCUGCCAGAGAUGGAGACAACAAAAUAAAGGCAGUGUGGUAUUUAGCAGCAUCUAGUGGUGAAGUUAUGUAAUGUAAGUGAAAAUCUCAAUGUCUCAAGUUUCAGCAUUUUUGUCCAUGUUGCAUGUGAAGAACACUGGAUCAGUCAAAGCAGAUUAAGUGUUUAUAAUGUCUACUAUUUACUAUUUGCUACUUUCUGCUAUGAUUAAUAACCAUAGACCAUUUGUAAAAAGUAAAUAUUAUACAAAUGGCCAAAAUGUCCCCAGUUAAAGACUGAUGUUUUCUGGAACACCUAUCGUAAUAAAACUUACAGAAUUGAGGAAAUUAUACUUAACUUAAGAAGUUAUGGAGAGCUGGUCUGAAACAUUUGUUUAGUCAUCUUUGAUAAAGCAUACCUAAUAGUUUACAUUUUUGUUUUCCUACUCAGUUUUAGCUUCAGCUAAAUUAAUGUAUUUUGUUUUACUUUUUAAGACUUUUUAAAUUUAAUGGUACAGUUGAUUUCUUCCCCAUCUUCAGUUUUCAAUAUAUACAUUUCUUAUUUCUGGUCUGAUAAGUAAAGAUUAUCCAACAAUAAGACUAAGAAAAAAAACUGGUUUAUUUAACAAUGUAUUUAACCUGGGAUUUUAUUUUAUUGUAUUUUAUUUUCUAUAGGCCUAUGUUAAACUGACGGAGCAGACAGC